AUGGAAGAGGCUUGGAUCAAUCGCUACCAGAAGCAGCUGGUGAGGUCCAUCUCACCACAGUUCCUGGAGGAGAUCAUCUGCUACCUGCGGAGGCUGGACCUCCUCACAGCGGAGGAGGCCGGCCGGGUGCAGGAGGCGAGCUCCCUGCCCGAGCAGGUGAGGGCCGUGGUGGAUGUCCUGGCUGGCAAGGGCAGCUAUGCCUCCCAGUGCCUGCAGACCUUCAUCGAGACCACCAAUUCCCAGCUCUACCUCCACAUCACUGUUUACGAACCGAUGGUGCAGAAACAUCUGGAGAGCCUCCAAAGCUACUAUGGGAAUGGCUUGGAGACGGGUCCUCUCCAGCGCCUCACGAACCUGCUGCUGGUGGAAGGCUUGACCGACAUCCAGCAGAAGGAGCACGACAUCCUGCAGAUCGAAACCACCAAAGGCCUACGUAAUGUAUCCAAGAGCAUCCCUUUAGAGAAGCUCUUCCUGCCCCUGUCCAAGGUCAGCAUCCCCCCACGGAUCUCCGUGACCGUAGGGGUGGCUGGGAUUGGCAAAAGCACGCUGGUGAAGCUGUUUGUCUACAGCUGGGCAAAGGGGGAGAUCAACAGGGACAUCAUGUUGGUGCUGCCCCUCACCUUCCGGGAGCUCAACACCUACGAGAAGCUCUCUGCCGAGCGGCUCAUCCGCCUGGCCUUCCCUCACAUCACCGAGCCCAGCUGCAUCUCUGCGGGAGCCGCCAGGACGCUGCUCAUCCUCGACGGCUUGGAUGAGUUCAAGACUCCUUUGGAUUUUUCCAACACGGUUGUGUGCACUGAUCCCAAAAAGGAGAUUCAGGUGGACAACCUGAUCACCAACAUCAUACGGGGCAACCUGUUACAGGAGGCCUCUGUCUGGGUCACCUCACGGCCAACAGCAGCCAGCCAAAUCCCCGGCGGCCUUGUUGACCGGAUGACAGAAAUACGAGGUUUCGGAGCAGCAGAGAUGAAAGAAUUUUUGGACCAGAUGUUCCUUGACAACAGAGACUUGUCCAGCCAAGUUCUGCAUCAUAUCAAGGCUAACAGGUCUUUACACAUCAUGUGCACAGUUCCUGGUUUUUGCUGGAUUUCUGGCUCUUCAAUUGGUUAUUACCUAAAAAACAGCACCGAUCAAUCCCAAGAAAUGACAGUUGUUCCUAAAACCUUAUCAGAAAUCUAUUCCUAUUAUUUUAAAAUGGCUUUGAGCAGUGACUGGCCAGAAAAGCAGAGAGAAACACUCAGGAUUGAGCAAGCUGUGAACAACAGCAAGAAAAUAAUGGGCAGCCUGGGCAGGCUGGCCUUCUACGGCCUGCUCAAAAGGAAGUACGUGUUUUACGAGCAGGACAUGAAGACGUACGGCAUAGACCUUUCCUUGCUGCAGAGCAGCUUGUGCAGCAGACUCUUACUCAAAGAGGAGAUGCAGUCCUCCACAGCCUAUUAUUUUUCCCACCUAACCAUACAGGAGUUUUUAGCAGCUAUUUAUUAUUACACUGCUGCAAAGCGGGCAAUAUUCGACCUCUUCACAGAGAACGGGAUGUCCUGGCCCAAGCUGGGUUUCCUCAACCACUUCAAGAGUGCUGUUCAGAGGUCGCUGCAGGCUGAGGACGGGCAGCUUGAUAUCUUCGUGCGUUUCCUCUCGGGGCUCCUCUCCCCCCAGGUGAACAAGGUGCUCUCCGGGUGGCUCCUGGCGAAGGAUGAGCACAACAGCUUCAGGAGCCAAGCGAUCAGCUUCCUCCAGGGCUGCCUGAACACGGACUACGUUAUCUCCUCGCGGACAGUGAACACCGUGCACUGCCUGUAUGAGAUCCAGCACAUGGAGAUUGCCAAGUCUGUGGAGGAAGCGAUGAAGAAUGAGAGCUUGGCCGGGAUGCUCACGCCAGUGAACUGCUCUGUCCUGGCGUAUCUCCUGCAGGUCUCCAACGUGUGCAUGGAGGAGACCAACCUCUCCAACUGCCUCACUUACAAUGUCUGUAAGAGCCUGCUCCCUCAGCUCCUCUUCUGCCACAACCUCAGGCUGGACAAUAACCAGUUUAAGGACAAUGUGAUGGAGCUGCUGGGCAGCGUGUUGAGCGUGAAGGACUGUCAGAUCCAGAAGCUCAGCUUGGCAGAAAAUCAGAUCAGCAACAAGGGUGCCAAAGCACUGGCCAGGUCGCUGAUGGUGAACAGGAGCCUGAUGGUGCUGGACCUGCGGAGCAACUCUAUCGGCCCCUCGGGAGCGAAAGCGCUGGCUGAUGCACUGAAAAAAAACCAAGUCCUGCUCUCCCUGAACCUGCAGCACAACGUGAUCAAGGAGGACGGUGCCACGUUCCUGGCCGAGGCCCUGCUAACCAACCACAAGCUGACGACCCUGCACCUGCAGAAAAACUCCAUCGGAGCCCAGGGCGCAAGGAAAAUAGCAGAAGCACUGAAGCGGAACUGCAGCCUCAAGGAACUAAUGCUCUCCAGCAACUCUGUUGGAGACAAUGGCUCGGUCGCCUUGGCUGAAGCUCUGAAGGUUAAUCACAGCCUGCAAAGCCUCGAUCUCCAGAGCAAUUCCAUCAGCAGCGCCGGGGUCGCCGCUCUGACAGUGGCUCUCUGCUCCAACAAGGGACUCAUCAACCUCAACCUACGGGAGAACUCCAUCAGCAAGGAGGGGGGCCCCGCCAUCGCCCGUGCCCUGCGGACCAACAGCACCCUCAGGAGGCUGGACUUAGCAGCCAACCUGCUGUAUGAUGAAGGCGGCAAGGCCAUCGCUCUGGCGAUGAAGGAGAACAGGGCGCUCACGUCCCUCCACUUGCAGUGGAACUUCAUUCAGGCAAACGCUGCCACGGCGCUGGCACAAGCACUCAAGUCCAACAGCAGCCUGGCCAGCCUCGACUUGCAGGAGAAUGCCAUCGGAGACGAGGGAAUGGCUGCCCUGUCUGCUGCGCUGAAGGUCAACACGACCCUGGCAGAUCUCCACCUUCAGGUGGCUUCAGUUGGCGCGGCCGGGGCCCAAGCCCUAGCAGAGGCCUUGAUGGUCAACAAGAGUCUGCAGAUCCUGGACUUGAGAGGAAACUUCAUUGGCGUGGCAGGGGCCAAAGCGAUGGCCAACGCACUGAAGGUGAACCGGAGCCUCCGCAGGCUCAACCUGCAGGAGAACUCCCUGGGCAUGGACGGAGCCAUCUGCAUCGCCACCGCUCUGAAGGGGAACCACGGCCUCACGUACGUCAACCUGCAAGGGAACCGCAUCGGCCAGUCGGGAGCCAAGAUGAUCUCUGACGCCAUCCGGACAAACUCGCCCGACUGCGUCGUGGAGGUGUGA